AUGGCUAGCAGAACUCACGUUUUAGUUGUCCCUUUCCCUGUACAAGGUCACAUAAAUCCAAUGCUGCAAUUCUCCAAGCGCUUAGCCUCGAAAGGUCUGAGGGUCACUCUGGUCACCAUCACCAUUAGCAAGUCUAUGGAAUCCCAAACCAGCUCGGUCAAGAUUGAGUCUAUUUCCGAUGGCUUUGAUGAAGGUGAGAAACUGGAGGGCCAUGCUGGUUUCAUCAAACGUAUGAUGCUACUACUCUGGCAAUGUUUGCCCGAACUCAUUGAGAAGCAAAAAAGCACUGGCUACCCUGUCAAAGUCCUUGUAUAUGAUUCAAUCAUGCCAUGGGCUCUAGAAAUAGCCACAAGCUAG